CACUUCACUUGUUCUCAGUGCGUCAACUCGUCAAAUUUGAUUCAUUUCAGCUGUGGACAUCUUUAAUUCAGGAAAAAGGACACUUAACGGGUAGAAGGCAGCAGAUCCGGGCUGUCCGUUUGCGGCGAUGAUCUGUGAAUUUACCGGAGCGCUUCAAUGUGACUUUUAUUCCUUUUAAACAUUAUUGCAUCCAUCGCUUGUGUUCGUUCGGAUGGGUGUAUCUUACUGCGGCCCAUAGUUUUGUAUAUGCCUUUUUGAAUCGAUUAAACUAUCCGGAUCACUUGUGGACCCUGCCUACAGGAACGUCCAGCCCACCACCACCACCAUGGCCUCGGCCACCUCCACCCCUGCCGGCCCGGGCGGCCGCUCCAGCCGCUCCGCCGGCCGCCGCAGCGCAGCCACCGGCCUGCCUACAUCCAGCACCAGCCCGACCUGUCUGUCCCGCCUCCAGGAGAAAGAUGACCUCCGACACCUCAACGACCGCCUCGCCAACUACAUCCAGCGGGUCCAGGAGUUGGAAAGUGAACGGUCUUCCAUGCUGAUGCAGCUGGAGGAAAAGGACGAGUCAAAGAGCCGGGAGAUGGGCAACGUGCGGCGGCUGUACGAAGAGGAGUUGGCCGAUGUCAGAAAGUCCCUGGACGGCCUGGCCGGAGAGAGGGCCCGUCUGCAGAUCGACUAUGGAAAUGUCUGCGACGAAUACAGGAAACUUCAAGCCAGGAACCAGAAGAAGGAGAGUGAUCUGGUAAAUGCGUUGGCCCAGUGGAGGAAGUUUGAGGCGGCUCUGAGCUCCAAGGAUGUUGAGUACACAAAGCUGCUGUCUGAAAACAGGAGACUAGAUGAUGACUUCACUGACCUCCAGGACCAGCUGAAAAAUGUAGAGGGUGUACUGGCAGACACAAAGAACCAGCUGACCUCUGAGAUCCUGAGGAGGGUGGAAAUGGAGAACCAGGUGCAAACACUGAAAGAGCAGCUCGAACUCCAGAGGAACAUCAGCGAGCAGGAGAUCUUUGAGAUCCGAAGCCGACACGAGAGCCGCCUAGUGGAGGUGGAAUCCGGACGGAGGAGAGAGUUUGAGAGCAAACUGGCUGAGACGAUGCAGCAGCUCCGUCAGGAUCACGAGUCUCAGCUGCAGCAGUACAAAGACGAGAUGGACAGGACCUUCAGUUCAAAGUUACAGAAUGCCCAGCAGGCUGCGUUGGAGAAAAAUGACGUAGCAUCUGCCACCAAAGACGAACUAGAAAACUCCAAGCUGAGAGUGGAGUCCCUCAGCUCCCAGCUCCAGCAGUACCAGAAAGAUAAAAUGGUGCUGGAGGGCCGCUUCCAGGAGCUGGAGAGGACUCUUGACAGGGAACGGGAGGUUUGGCAGCAGAAACUGUAUCAGAAGGAGCAGGAGCUGCUGAGCAUGAGAAGCCAGAUGUACAGCCAGCUGGAAGACUAUGAGAACCUGCUGGAUGUCAAGUUGGCUUUGGACAUGGAGAUCAAUGCCUACAGGAAGAUGCUGGAGGUGGAGGAACAGAGACUGCAGCUGUCACCGAGCCCAUCCCAGCGUACGGCCAUACCUCGAACACAUGAACACAGCAGCCGAAAGCUCAGAGGGAGGAAACGGAAACAUGAGGGCACCUCUGGCAGCUCGCCCGCCUAUAAAAUGUCCAGCCGUUCAACAGAGCACGGUGCUGUCAGCGUGGCAGAGGUCGACAUGGAUGGGAAAUAUGUUCGACUGAAGAACAACUCUGAAAUGGAUCAGCCACUGGGUGGUUGGGUGGUUCAGAGGAUGUACCCAGACUCUGGAGACAUCUCCUUCCACAUCCCCUCCUCCUGCAUCCUGGCUGGUGGGCAGACACUCACAAUUUGGGCAGCAGGUUCGGAGGCAGAAGCUGAUUCUGCAGACCUGAUUCUGCAGGGCCACAGAAGCUGGGGCCCCGUCACUGAUGUUAGGGUGAUCCUUUUGAACUCCAGCCACGAGGAGGUAGCCGAGCGCAGGGUGUGUAUGCAGAGCAGAGGUGAUGAGGAAACUGAACUGGAGUUUGAUGAAGACUUUGUCGCAGGCAGCGACAUCCAGCACUUCCGGAGACAGCAGCCAAAGAGGAAGAAGAAGAAGUGUUGUUCUGUCUCUUGAGUGCAGAUGACAUGCUGUACAGUAGGAUCUAUCUAAGGAAGCGAGCUGUACCGUCAUGUGAUCUGUUGCUCGUCUCCUGCAGUUCCCUACGUCUACCUGGAAAAGCUGGACCGGCUCUGGCCUCAGGAGUCUGCCGCUAUCUGGUUCCAGAAUUCUCAUUCAACAAUGUCCACUCUCUACAGUAGGACACUGAUCUGUUGGUGUGACUAAAGAUCCCAGACGCCUUAGAGCAACAGUAUGAGCAACAGUAUGAACCUCAGUAUUCCUCAGCUGUUUCAUCGUUCUAAUUGCACAAGAUAUGAGCUUUGCCUUGAUUUGACCUCAUUUAAGUGUGUGUGUGUGUGUGUGUGUGUGUGUGAGAGAAAUAAAACUGUUGGAAUAAUAAAGUUAUAAAUACAGUUUAGUCAGACACCUG